AUGUCGCGGCACGGCGACAAGCACGGGCACGGGCGCGGCAGCUUCAACCACCCCGUCCUCGAAAGCCUCGGAAUCGGCGCCCUCACUGUCGGCGGUGCCGCCGCUGCGAUCGGCGCAUCAUGGAAAAUCGCCGAAUUCCUCGUAAAGUGCAAGACGCUGUUUGAGGUGCGGAGCGAGAAUGCAGUGUACGUUCGUCUCGUCGAGCGCGUGAAGGUGGACCUCGCCGAAGCGGAGCGCCUCAUGGCGCUGAAGUCGGUCCAGGACGGGAUGCGCGAGAACAGGGAGAAGACGUUAUAUGUUCAGUCGUUGAUUCGCGGGGUGCACGACGCCAUCAAGGGGAUGACCAAGUACACGAGCAAGGUCGCUGACGCGGGGCCGUGGUUGGGUCUUCCCACGAGGCUCUGGUGGGUGCUCCAUGAGCGCGAGAAGCUUGCUCAUAGGCAAAUGGAGCUUGCGAUGGCGAGAGAAGGGAUCAUGGAAGUCAUCGGUUGGCUUGGUGAGUUCGAGGGGGUUCCGAAGAAGAGUAAAGAGGCCUCGGAGGAUCGCAGAGGGAGUUUGGAGCAUCGGAGAGAAGAUGGGCGAGGCGUAAAACAUACGUCAAAUCAUGUUGAUGUUCACAUCGACGCCAGACACCGUGACGAUCGCCGUGACGAGCGGUUUGAGAGGCACGUUGUUGAAUCUGACCAUGGACGUCCUCCCAUCCACAGGGACGAGCGGUAUGAGAGACACGCUGUUGAAUCUGAUCAUGGACGUGCUCCCAUCCGCAGGGAGGAAGAGCGCCGAAGGUACGAGUACGUCGAGGAUUUCGAGGAUGAAGAUGCCCUUCGCCGCGGCGACUGGAAACAAACCGGCUUUUAUGAUGGCCGCCCGGACGGACCGCUUGCUACGCGACCGAGAUUCUUGAGCCUACAGAGUGCCGGGGCUAAUUACACUGAAUCCAGGAUCAGGGAGAGGGUUGAUGAUGGAGGUGCUCUACCGCGAGACGAGUGGCCAAUCCCAUCGAAGCUCUAA